UCAGUGAGGUGAGCUGGUGAACGGAACGCGUUCCGAGUAUUUACAUUAUUAUUAUUUCUCCCGUACAGUAGAUAUACUUUUUUGUUUUCAAAAUGGCCGUGUUUCCACUGUUUGUUUAAUGUAUGCGUCCGCGAAAUGUUUAUGUCCCGUUUGCCCGUCGAUUCCGAAUCCAGUCCGUUUGUCCCACGUUUGUACCGUCGUGUGAGUGUUCUUGGACCGGUCGUUUGUCGUUUGUGUUGCACGUAGUACCUCUGUACUCUGGACGAUCCGCCGUAACAGCGGUGUCCCGUUUCGUGCCGCCGCUCCGUCGAGUUUUGACCGCCGCCACCAUCGCGCGCGAUUUCGCACGAUUUGCCCGUUUAGUGUGUGUUUUGACUAUUUCUCGGUUUUGACAGUUAAUACCUCUCUAAUUUUGUUUAAUGCUAUGCAACGCUCGAAGAGGUAAUCUUUAUUGAUCUAAAUUGGCUUCCGAAGUACACUCUGUCCACAAUCACAUAAUACUACAACAAACGCCAUAUAACUGUUCAACGGUAUCAACAUUUGCUUUGUUGAACGUCGUCGUUUUCGUAUCCCCCCGGCCACGGGGUAUAUUCAUGUUUGAUAAUAUUUAGCGAUGAACUUUGACUUAUGUUCGGCGCAAUGACGGACACCAAGCGUCGUGUGAAGUUGUACGCCUUGAACGUAGAUCGUCAGUGGGACGAUCGUGGUACUGGGCAUGUAUCUUGUACCUAUGUCGAACGUCUCAAAGGCGUUUCGCUUUUAGUUCGAGCUGAAGCUGAUGGUGCUCUCUUGCUAGAAUCAAAAAUUCAACAUGACACAACAUACCAAAAGCAGCAAGACACAUUAAUUGUGUGGUCAGAAGCUGAUAACUUCGAUUUAGCUUUAAGCUUUCAAGAAAAAGCUGGUUGUGAAGAAAUAUGGGAGAAAAUUUGCAGUGUUCAAGGCAAAGAUCCAACAAUUGAGACGACUCAGGAUAUUGUCGAAGAAUCUGAAGACGAGCGAUUUGAUGAUUUAUCAGAUUCUGCUCCACCUGUAGAAUUACCACCAUGUGAAAUUGGCAGACUCAAAGAAAUAAAAGACCUCUUUAUGACAUGCAUGGCCACUCCAUUAAACAAAGAUAGGUUGGCCGAAGCAAUCGAAAAUGAUGGAUAUGUCCGCAAACUGGUCAAACUCUUUAAUUUAUGUGAAGAUCUCAAUAAUUUAGAAGGUCUACAUUGUCUGUAUGAUAUCAUCAAAAACAUUUUCCUAAUCAAUAAGAAUGCAUUGUUUGAAAUGCUUUUUGCCGACGAUAUAAUAUUUGAUGUGAUCGGUUGUCUCGAGUAUGAUCCUACUCAGCCCAUUCGCAAGUACCAUAGACAUCAUUUAAAAAAUGUUUCAAGGUUUAAGGAAGUUAUAAUGAUUACUAACACUGAAUUAUUGAACAAAAUACACCAGACCCAUAGAGUGCAAUACAUACAAGACGUUGUUCUUCCUACCCCAUCCGUAUUUGAGGAUAAUAUGUUAUCUGCACUAAACAGUUUUAUAUUUUUUAAUAAAGUGGAAAUUGUCACUUUAAUUCAGGAAGACGAAAAGUUUCUUCCGGAUCUUUUAGGCCAACUCCAGGAUGAAAAUACCCCAGACCCCAGGAAACUAGAACUGGUGCAGUUUCUUAAGGAGUUUUGCAACUUUUCACAGAAUUUACAACCUCCCCAGAAAGAAGGUUUCUUUAAGACUUUGACAUCAUUGGGCAUUUUACCCAUGCUUGAAAUGACAUUAAUGUCAGAUGACGUCAACAUCAAGCAGGCUGCCAUCGACAUUCUUACCAUACUCGUAGAGUUCUCGCCUUCUGUAAUUCGAGAAUAUAUACUUCAACAGUCUACUGAUACUGUGACUCAAGCAAAUGGUAACGAAGUUGCGGAGCUCAUGCUUAUGAAUGUCAUCAUUGAGCAGAUGAUUUGUGAUACCGAUCCUGAUCUCGGCCGUGCCGUCCAAUUAAUGGGUGUUAUACGGGUAUUAAUUGAUCCUGAAAAUAUGUUGCCUUCCUUGAGUAAAGUUGAAAAAACUGAUUUCCUCAAUUAUUUUUAUAAACACAGUGUUCAUAUUCUCAUCGCACCAUUAUUAGCAAACACAGUGGACGGUGCUCCAGCGCGAGAUGACUACCAAAAUGCCCAGCUACUGGCACAUAUACUCGAGUUAUUGACUUUCUGUGUGGAACAUCACUCUUACCAUAUUAAAACGUGCAUUCUAAACAAAGAUUUAUUGAAACGUGUUUUGGUUUUAAUGAAAUCGGCACAUAAAUUUUUGGUUUUGGGAGCAUUACGAUUUAUGAGAAAAAUAGUUGCACUUAAAGAUGAAUUUUACAACCGAUACAUUGUCAAAGGAUGCUUGUUCGGUCCUGUUAUUGACUGUUUACUAGACAACAACGGGCGUUAUAACUUGCUCGACUCAGCUAUAAUUGAGUUGUUCGAGUUUAUCAAACUAGAAGACAUAAAAAUCCUAAUAGCUCAUGUUGUUGAAAAUUACGGCAAAAAGUUUGAACAUAUCGACUAUGUACAGACUUUCAAAGCUCUGAGGAUACGACACAGUCAACAUACAGAAAAGUUGAAAGACAAGCCAAUAACCAAUUGCAGUGUGACUGUUUCGACCGGACGUUUUAGACGCGACCCGCGGCAACUUGAAGAUGAAGAAGAAAUAUGGUUCAACAAUGAAGACGAUGAAUUUGAUGACGGCGAAGCUGUUGUGCCACACACUGGAAUGACGAGCACAACACAAUUGACAGCAUCUGAACAAUUAGAUUCUAUUGGUAAAAGUAUAGAUAAAAAAUGUGAAGGUAGCAGCACAAAAAUUUUUGGUACUACAGUUAAUAAAACGACACCAGUCAUGAAUAAUAAUUUAGUUGUUUCGCCAACGCUAAGUUCACCUCCAGAAGAAUCUAAAAAUAGUUCUCUUUUGAAAAAAGCUCUAGUCGAUUAUGAAGGCGAUUCCGACGAAGAAGAAGAUGAAAACGGAGAUUUAAAAUCGCCUACCAAGAGGCCACGUUAUACAUAAUUUGUAAUUUUUUUUUAUAUUAUGUCUAUAGUUAAAUUAAUCAUUUAAUCGUUUUGUUAUACAAAACGCGCCCCAACACAUAAAUAAUUAAUUAAGUAUUAGACUAAAUGACAUCACCCCUGUGUAAAUAGUUAUCAUGUUGUGUAUGACGAUAUGCUUUUCAUAAGUGUAUAUUGUCUAAAGAUAGGUAAAUGUUGCUUUUAAACAUUUUUUAUUUUUAUUUUUUACCCAAAAUCUUGUAUAUUUGACUAUCCUGUGGACUGUUCUUAUAUGUCAGUACUUAACAAUGAUUAUUAUUGUAAUUAUUAUAAUAAUCGAUACAUAUAUGUGUAUGUAAAACGUACCUGGUAUGUGUCCGUGUGGCGAAGAACAAUUAAAACACUAUUAAUUAAAAAUGCGUGGAUAAGAGACCAGUUAUAUUUAUUUAAUCCAUCUUUAAAUAUCUUAACAAGGUCUUUACGUUGACGUAAUUUUUUUGUUGUGAUAUUUUAAACUCUAAUUUUCUUUUUCUUGUUUUGUACAAAUUGUCGCUGUUUAAAUGCCAUCAACCUAACUGUAAUUUGAUUACAUAAAAAAAAACCUAGAGCUUCGUGUAGAUAAUGUCGUCAUGUCAGUGGUGUAUAUUUAAAAUGAUAUUAUACAAAAUUAAUUUAUAAAAGUUGAUUUUUUUUUAUGGUUUUUGUAAAACUUAAGAACAUCUACUACAUUGUUAAUUGUUUUGAUUUCUGCAAAAAUAUCGUUAACAUAAUAUUUAUUCAGGAUUAAACACAGUAAAUAUUUUUUUAUAAAUGUGAA